CCCCUUUUCUUUGUUCGUCACGUCUCCACGGCGAGGUGAGGGACACAAAAGAUCACAAGGAGAAAAAGGGCGGGUGAAAAAAGAUUUUGUUGGGGAUUUUUUGUCGAAGCGAUAUGUAAUUUUGUUUAUAGUAUAUCUUUUUUUUUUCCUUGUUUACUUUUUUUUUUUUUUUUUGGGUUCAUCUUUAACCUUAUCGCCAAUCGGGAGUCUGAAUCGAUGGCCGGAAUCUGACACCAUGAGGAAGAAGCUCGACACUCGCUUCCCGGCGUCUCGAAUAAAAAAGAUUAUGCAAGCUGAUGAAGAUGUCGGAAAAAUUGCUAUGGCAGUGCCAGUUUUAGUGUCAAAAGCACUGGAAUUGUUUCUUCAAGAUCUUUGUGAUCGAACAUAUGAGAUCACUUUGCAAAGAGGAGCAAAGACAAUGAAUUCUCUACAUCUGAAGCAAUGUGUGCAAAGCUUCAGUGUCUUUGACUUCUUGAGAGAAAUUGUGAACAAAGUUCCGGACCUUGGUGGUGCUGAUGCUGGAGGUGAUGAGAGACAUCUACCUAGAAGAAGGAGAGUUCCAGAUGAUGAAGAUGGUAGCGAGGACGAGCCCAAAAAGAUGAAGACUGAUGCGCCACAUAGUGGUGGUAGAGGACGUGGGCGGGGCAGAGGAAGAGGCCGAGGUCGCGGUAGGACAAGUGGAAGAGACAGCAUUCACUUUGAAAAAUGUGAAGAUGAUGUUGAUCUUCCCCCUGAAAGUGGAGAUAAACCCUCUUCUAAAAGGUUAGAUGAUGGAGUUGAGGCAAGACCAAAGGAAAAUGCAUCUUCGGAUGCAAACAACCCUGGCCUUAGAAACUUUGACCUCAAUAUCGACUUGGAUGAAAAUGGUAACACUUCCGCGGCUUCUACAUCUGCUUCUGUUUCCAUUUCCACAGCAGAAGUGGAACUGAAACAUGAGGAGUACCCUGGAUGGUCGCUAUCCGAGAUGAACAAAAUACGGAUUGACCCUUUGCAGCUCGCACAGCUCACUAGGCACACUGACGAAGACGAGGAAGAUUAUGACAAUGAAGAAGGAUGACAAGCUAAGUCUCAGCUCUGUAACUUCAUCCUGACCAAUUGUUCUGUACUCCAAGCUAGGUCGUUAGGAAGGAAAUAGCUCCCACAUUACACGUCUUUUUCCCUCACCUGAUAUAGAAGAGAGGCUGAAAGCAGUUUUAGUCACUUCAGGAAUUGUAUUAUAGUGUUUCAUAGCGUGGGAACAGUUCAAGAAAAUGCUCGACAUGGAGAAUGCUCAAAUGUUAAGCUUUCAUUUCUCUAAUUAUUAAAUGCUUGAUUUGUUAUAAAGGUCCAUGAUGGGGAUGACAUCUUUUCUUCUC